AUGUCUUUGUUUUAUUCUACUCACUCGAAUCCGAUCUAUACAACAAAUGAGUUGAAACAAGCCGUCUACAAGAGCACAUGUGGUGUCUUGCCCAUUCGACGAAGUACAUCGAUUCCCGAACUCAAUGUUCAUUUACGUGGUAGAACGCUAAUGUCGUCGAAUGAUAUGCGAGUGGCUGCUAAUACACCUAUUUCUCCGAAUGCUGCUCUCGUCAUCGAUGUUGAUUCGACUACAACUGCAUCUUAUUUUCCACCACCACCAGUUCAAAGUCCCGUUGAACUCGAUCGUUUAUUACUACAAAAACGACGUCAACCAUUACCCGCUAUUCUGCCUGUGACUGGCACUACUCAUACAGCCACACUCUUACACCGACAACCACCCGUCAAACCAGUUAUUUAUAUUCCACCAGUAAAACGUAAACGUUUGAAAAUACUUGAAAUUGAUGUGGGUGCUGAAAAUGAUGAGGCACAAAUAGCAACAGAUCGAUCAGCAUUAGAAGAACAACAGGAUGCUGUAUCAACCGUAGCUAAAAUGUUAAAUGAAGCGAAAGCACUACGUGCUGAUAAUAGUAAACGUACGACGCCGGCAACGCCUCUGAAUCUCUCUCGAACAAGUAGAAAAUCUGUAAAGGCUUCUUCGACGACUCCUACACAUGCACUGUAUGGUGCAACAAAAACUGAUGAUCCAACACUAACUGCUGUUGAAAAUUUGAUAUCAUCAAUAAAAUCAAAAGAAUUACAAGAAGCUCAGAGACAAUCAGAUAAUCGAAUUUUAGAAAUUAUUGAUCGUGUACUGGGUAGAAAAGUUGAACUGAAAUAUGACGAUGAUCUAACUGAGGAACAGCAACAGAAAGAAAUACCAAAAGAAUCGCUUAUGUCAGGAAUCACUCUCUCUGAAGCUCCCAGUCCUGUGUUAGAAAGUGGUGGUCCUGAUGUGAGUCGAGCUGAUUAUGCAGCAACAUUUGAAGAAAAAUUUAGAAAUGAAGAUAUCGAUCAAGAGUUAGCUGAUGUAGAUGAAGAGAGUAGCGUAGAAACAGAAGCACCAGAAUUAUCGAUCGAUAUUGAACACGAUGCACUCUACAAACACUAUCUCAUUGGAAUAACAAAUGAAGAAUUAUUGCAUAUCCGCGGAAAUAAAAUACCGUUCUUAGUUAAACAGGAGUUUAUGAAAGAAACUAAAUCACCACGUGAAACGACAUUAAAAACAUCGACAAGUGAACGUGGUAUACAUCAUUUUUGUAUCCAAAUGAUGGAUUCUUCUCUACCAUUUUCUCUACAAACAAUAACACAAUUAUAUCAUAAACGUGCUCGAUUUCGUCACCAUUUACCUAAAUCGAAUAUUUAUUAUAAACAUGGAAAUUUACCGAAAUAUUCUCUAACAAAUGAUUCGAAAACAGAUGAUCAAUUCGAACAAGAACAUGAUGCUCCUCGUCAUAGUGCUAUUUCUCAUACAACACAAAGAUCAAUACCGUCUAUUCCAUACAAUUCUCUUCCCACUACAUCCGAAGAAAACGAGUUGGAUACCUGGCAAAAACGAGCAGAUAUUCUCUUCAAAGUUCCUGAAAUUGAAGGAACAUCUGUUGUCCAAUUAGGAGAAAAUGCUCGUUUGUGGACACCUGCUCCACCCAAGAUGUAUUUUCAUCCAAGUAAAGUUAAACAAAAAUUAUUUCCUAAGUAUAAAACAUCGAUAUCUAUAAUGAAAAUCGCCAAUGAUGAUGAUGCAAAACACGAUGAUGAAUUAGAUGAAACCAUUGACACAAAUUGGAGUGAAAAAGAUGAUGUUGAUGAAUUGGUGAUGCGAAAUGAAAGACUAUUAAGCCGAAAAUAUAAAUCAUUAGAAAUAUUACCAUCACAAAUCACUUCGCUUAUGAACAAUUUGAAUGAACCACUUAAUCAAAUAGUUGAUCAUGUUCAUUUGUCACGUUCUCGUUCUUGUCCAGAUAUAUCAGUAUUACAUACAGAGACGAUUAAAUUUGAAACGGAUUAUUUGUUUACGCUAGCUGAAACAAAACAUCAAAUGAUCAAUAUGGCUGAAUCACUCGCUAAAGCAACAGCACCAAUAGUAAAACCUAUUGGUACGCCUACCCAAGCAGCAAUGAUGUCGGAUCAGAUUGAUGAACCAAUUACACAUUCAUCCUUUGUUGACUUUAGUGUACCUGGUAUAUCAUCAUCGUCUCAGAUCGAUACUUCAUCGUCUCCAGUUGAUGAAACAUCAAAAGAAGUUAAAAAUAAUAAUCAAGAAUUUAAAUAUUUCCGAAAAAAUCAACGUUCAUUUCUCUACGAACAAGCGAUUGCAGCAGGUCGACCUUACAUUACAUCGGCUAAACUUCGUUCACAACGUCAAAAGAAAAAAGAAGUCAAAUAUUGGAAAAGAAUUGAUGAUAUUGUUAAAUUGGCUACAGAUUCUGGUAAAAUACCUGAACGACGUUAUUCAAUUAAUGAAACACGAACAAUUGUACGUAAACAUAAAAAACGACAAUCAAGUUUAGAUCGUCAGAAACAACAAUUCGAUCAAAUUAAACGUACAUAUAAUUAUGAGACGACUCGAAUUAAAUCCGGCGGUAAAAGACAACUAACAGAAUUCCAAUGGACUCGUGAUAUUUGGUAUCAGUGGUUAGAUGAGUAUAUUGCCGAAUUGGACAAACGUGAACAAGACAGACAAGUAAAAGAAGAUGAACAAAUUAUUACUGAUAGUGAACCAGUAUAUCAGUAUGAUGUUAAUGAUGACGAUGAUGAUGAAACAGAAACAAAAAAAAAACGUUUACAGGUCAUUUCAGAACCGAUUGUCAACAUAACAAUUUCGAUUGAUGACGAGGAUAGUGAACAGGAAAAAGUCAUAAUUGAAAAUGAACUAAAACGUUUAAAUAUACUAAUUGAGCAAAAUUUAAGAGAUGUCUAUAGUUUAACGAGACGUGGUGCUCUCUAUCGUAAAUUAGGCUUAUUUAAAGACGCGUUAAACGAUCUCAAUCUAGCAUUGUACAUUGAACCAUUAUUUAUGGAUGCUUAUUGGCAAAAAAGUUUAAUUUUAAUGAUAUUUAAACAUUAUGAUGAUGCUUUGGAUUGUCUAAAUCAUGUUAUUAAGUUAAAUAAAACGCAUAGUGGUGCAUACAAAUUGAGAGGUGAUAUUUACUUAAUUAAAAAUGAUCUGUCACUAGCCAUAGCGAACUAUUCUCAAGCAAUCAAAUAUAAUCCGAAUGAUCAUGAAUCAUUUUAUCAGCGUGCACAAACAUACGAGAGACGAAAUGAUUUACUACUGGCAAUGGAUGAUUAUGUACAAGUAACCAGAUUAAAUCCAGAUAAUAUUGAAGCAUGGUACAAACAUGCAAUGCAUUAUUAUCGUACUGGAGAUUACGAGUAUGCGAUCACAGAUUUUAAUGAACUUCUUAAACGUAACAAAGAACAUGUUGACGCUCGCUUAUAUCGUGGUUUAUCUUAUUUGAAUAAGGAAUAUUAUCAACAAGCUCUCAAUGAUUUUUCAUCAACAAUUCAUUAUGAUCCAAAUAAUUGGCAAGCGUUUUAUUAUCGUGGUGCUCUAUUGCGUCUGUGUAAACCAGAUCAAGCACUCAAAGAUUUGAGUAUUUCAUUAUUGCUGAAUGAUGAAUAUGAUAAUUUGAAUGCUUAUUUACAUCGUGCAUUAAUCUAUUAUGAAAAAUCUCAGUUUAACGAAGCAGUAAACGACUAUGAGUCUAUCGUACAAUUGGACCGAGAAUAUGCACCAGCUUAUUGUAAUUUAGGUAUAAUUUAUAUGAAAAUGAAUAACAAAGCAAAUAAUCUUUAUUAUCAAAAAGCCAUUAAACUAUUUACAAAAGCCAUUAUCUAUGAUCCAACUUAUAUACGGGCGUAUUUUUGUCGUGCUAAUGUUUAUUAUCUGUUGAAUGAUUUAAAAAAUGCCUAUUAUGAUUAUACAAAAAUCUACCACAUGUAUCCGGAUCAAAAUGCAUCCAUUGUGCUUAGAGGAAAAAUUCUUAUUGAUAUGGGCGAAUUAGAAUUAGCCUCGUUUUGUGUUGAAGUUGCCGCUAAAUUACAGUCAAAUGCAAAUGAAAAUGCCGAUUAUGAAAAAUCGAAUAAUCGUGCAUCAAUGAAUAUGAAUGCAACAAAUGCUCAACAGCAAGCUAUUGUACAGACAUUUUUAGAAGAAUAUGAUUAUGCUCUAAAGUUAAUGGAACGUGAAUGUCUCAUUCAUCCAACAUCAGCAAAUUAUAAUUUAAUCGGAUCGUUAUACAUCAAAGCAAAAAAAUUUGAACAUGCCAAACAAGCCUAUGAAAAAACGAUACAAAUAUGUAUAAAUGACACAUCACUAACAAGUGACUUAUAUCAAGCCUAUAUUGAAUUAAGUCGAUGUCAAAUGCAAUUAAAACAGUAUCAAGAUGCUAUUGAAAAUUUAACACAAUUAAUUAAAUUAAAACCAGAUAAUGCCAUUGCUUAUCUUCAACGAGGAAUUGCUAAAAUGCGUUUAUGUACAAAAAUGAAGCCAAACGAGUUAGCAAAUAUACCAUCAUCAAAGCGUGGAUUAUUAGAUAUUAACAGAGCUCUAGUAUUAGAACCGAAUAAUUUUGAAGCAUAUUUAGCAAGAGCAGCCUGGUAUGCCCGUUGUCAACGAUAUUCAAAAGCGGUCUUGAAUUGUAAUGAAGCCAUACUUAUUAGUCCAAAUUUAGUACGUGCCUAUUUAUAUCGUGGUUGUUUGAAAUAUGAAUUACGUCUAUAUGAUCAUGCUAUUUCCGAUCUAACACAAGCAACAAAACUCGAUCCAUCUUGUUCUCAUGCAUACUAUAAUCGUGCUCUAUGUCACAUUAAAAAGCGACAAUACUUGCAAGCAUUCAAAGAUUUUGCCAUUGUUUUAUGUUUGGUAGAAAAAACGAGUAAUACUAAUGAUGAUACGUUAAAAGAACGAAAACAAAAGUAUUCUCAUACUCAACAAUUGGAAUUCGAAACAUAUGUUAAUCGUGGUCUAUUACAUUAUGAACAACGUGAUUAUUUGAAUGCGCUUCAAGAUUUUCAUUUAGCUCUUACCAUAACGUCCAAUGAUGCAAUUCGAUAUACAGUUGCAUUAUGUCAUCAUAAACUUGGAGAAUUUAAUGAAUCAAUUCAAUAUUUUAAUGAAAUAUUAUCACAAAAUAUUCAUCAUCAUGACACAUUAAUUGCAAAAGGAAAUGUGUAUAUGGAUAUGGGACAACAAUUGACUGCAAAACAAAUAUAUGAACAGGUUCUCUAUGAAAAUCCUCUACAUGAAUUGGCACGUUUAAAUUUAGCCUAUUGUUUACAAUUAAGUGGUAAAUAUCAACGUGCGUGGACACAAUUUACAACAAUAUUACAAAUGAACAUGAAGAAUGUGAAAGCACUCGAAGGACGAUCAUUGGUAUGUUUACAAAUGUCACAUCCAUCUGAAGCAUUAUAUGAUUUAAAUCGUGCAUUAAAUAUUCAAACAUCAGCACAAUCAUACACAAACAGAGGUGUCAUACAACAAUAUCUUGGUGAUAAUGUCAGUGCCAUGAUCGAUUAUAAGUCAUCCAUGUUAUGUGAUCCAAAAUAUGCCUUAGCGUAUUAUAAUGCUGCUAAUAUUCUAUUUUUUCAUGGACAAUUUCAAGAAGCUUUAAAAUAUUAUGAUACUGUUAUUGAAUUAAAUCCAUAUGAUGAAGCAGCACUAACAAAUCGUGGAAUAACAAAAGCAAUUUUGAAAGAGUAUCAAAGUGCCCGACAAGAUUUUGAACGAGCCCUUAAUUUAAGUUCAACAAGUGCACAUAUUCACAUUGAUUUCGGAAUGUUAUUGUUGACAAUGAAUGAAAAUGAAUUAGCCGAAAAACAUUUUACAGAAGCAUUAAACAUUCGAUCUUGUGAUCCGCUUGUCUAUAAAUUGAGAGCUGAUGCCUACGCUGCUCAAGGACAACGUGAAAAAGCUCUAAACGAUUAUAGAACGUGUGUGGAAUUGACAGAUAUCAUUCAGUUAGUAAGAAAACAUGGACUAAUCAAACAAUCGAAGUCAAAAUUGAUUCGAUAA